GUGUGGCCCUGGGCGACUCUCCCCAGAGAUAGAGUGGUUCAAAGACGGCGAUCCGGUAGUACAAGGCAUAGAGUUUACCCCCUUCAAGGCCUAUACCCGUUCAGUCCUGACAGUGAAUGCCACGUCAACAGCCAACUACACUUGUUCUGCAAAUAAUGUUGUACAAGGCAGCCGCACUACAGACUCAAGAACAUUUACGGUGUCUGUGGUACACCCUGUCAGUCCUGUGAGACGGCCAAUGGGUUACUGUGCCCCAUACAAUGGCAGGGUAUGUCAAGAGCACCUUGGAGGAAGAGGGCUAGUGUGGUACAACAUCACUGCAGCUGAUAAAGGAGGAUGGCUGAAUGAACACAUCACGAAAGAACUUUGGGGUGAAAUGAUUGAUAAUUUUCGUGAGCCUUGCCGGACUGCUGCAGAGAAACUUCUUUGCCAUUAUGCAUUCCCAGAAUGCCAGUUAGAAGAUGGUUACCAGGUUGGGUUACCUUUGUGCCGUGAAGAUUGUGUGGCAGUACGUAGCCUCUUCUGUGUCAACGAAUGGCUUUUAAUAGAACAGAAUAAACAGGAAAACAGAGUGUUUAAAACCAGAAACCACUUCCGCUUGCCGAACUGUAGCUCACUGAUGAGUCACGGUGAUGGUUCACGCCGAGUCUGUUCACACAUCGGCCUUACAUCUGUUGAUGAAGAUCAAAUUACUUAUGACUGUAGGAAAGGACGUGGACGCUGGUAUUUUGGAACCAGAAAUAUAACCAAUAAUGGUAUUUCCUGUCAACGUUGGGACUCCCAAGAACCACACAGUCACCAUCGACCACCUGAUGUGUUCCCAGAGGUACAAAAUGCAGAAAAUUACUGUAGGAAUGCAGGUGGUGAAGAACCCUCUCCUUGGUGCUACACAACGAAUCCACUCAUUAGAUGGCAACAUUGUAGCAUUCCUCUGUGUGGUGAGGGCCAUGGUAUAGAUAGCAGUAUGUUUCCACAUGAUCAGUUACAUGGCAAAUUAUUGCCUAGUCCAUGGCUGAUAUUAAUUGCAGGAGGUGCUGGGCUUGGAGGACUCCUUCUCCUGUCUUUGAGUGCUUUGCUCAUUCACAGAUUGAUGCACUCCCGUCAUGGUUACUCAUCCCCCAACACCCAGGAGGCAGAUAUAGACUUGACCAAGCUGCCCCGUAACUCUGCCUACCAUCAGACCUGUGCACAGCUCAACCCAAAGCUUGAAAAACUUCAGUAUGACCGUAACAGCAUCAUCUACAUACGGGAUCUAGGGCAAGGUGCCUUUGGCAGAGUCUUCCAGGGUAAGGCACCAGGACUGAUGUCUGGAGAAGAACUAACGAUGGUGGCAGUUAAAGUACUGAAGGAAGAAGCAUCGGAGGAUAUGCUUGGAGAUUUUGAGCGUGAAGCAUGCAUACUUGCAGAGUUUGAUCAUCCUAACAUUGUAAGAUUGCUCGGGGUGUGUGCUGUAGGACGUCCCAUGUGCCUUCUUUUUGAAUUCAUGGGUCGUGGGGAUCUCAAUGAGUUCCUUAGGUCAUGUUCCCCCACCAACUACAUAGUGCGUUCUUCUAAUGGGGACACAUUUAGUGACACUAAACUGACAUAUAAGGACAUGCUGUGGAUUGCUACACAGAUUGCAUCAGGCAUGGUAUAUCUUUCAGACCGAAAAUUUGUUCAUAGAGAUCUUGCAACCAGAAAUUGUCUUAUUGGGGAAGAUAUGACAGUCAAGAUUGCAGAUUUUGGUCUAUCUCAGAAGAUUUACAUUGCUGACUACUAUAGAGGUGAUGACAGUGAUGCCAUUCCUAUUCGCUGGAUGCCUUUAGAGAGCAUUUUGUACAACAAAUAUACAGUUGAAAGUGAUGUUUGGGCCUAUGGGGUUUGUUUAUGGGAAAUAUUUUCUUUUGCAUUACAACCAUAUUAUGGAAUGACUCAUGAGCAGGUUGUAUGUUUUUUGAAGGAAGGAGGUAUCCUGUCAUGUCCUGAUCACUGUCCUCCUGAGGCAUAUGCAGUUUUAACUUGGUGUUGGCAACGGCGUCCACACGACCGCCCAUCGUUUUCUGUCUUACAUCAAGCAUUGAUGGACCUGUCUGCUGGUCGAUCUGUAAUGGUACCCAUACCGCCACCUAGUUCAGCCAUGUCAGGUUCGGCUCCUGCCACCCCCCGCCCAUGUUCUUGUGCACCUGAGCCUUCUGUUCAGAAUACUUAAACUACAUGCUGAUGGAAGUCAUUUGGUUUUAGAAUAUUGUUACCAUAUUAUUUCAGGCAUCAGAAAUUUUAGUAGCAAGUGAGGCAAUAGUAAAUACCCUUUAAACAGUUGAAGAUAAACAGAUUUAUUUUAUUCUGAUUUUAACAGAUGUCUUGGAAAUAUGAUACUGUACCUCCACUGACUUUAUUUUGAAAAUUUUCAGCAGAUUUAGAACUUGGGAAAAACUGGUGUAUAUUUUUAACAGCUUUUUCUUUAAUAUUCCACCAUUGCUUCAUGGUACAGUUUAUGGGACAUUUUUACAGGUUACAAUGAAUUCCCUUUUCCUGAAAUGUAGAAUUUGGAGGAUGACAACUUACCAGUAAAUGAAAAAUUUUGAAGGAUGUUGAUUUUUGAAUGCUCGGUUUAACUUGUGUGAUAUACCCUCAUUCUUACGCGAUUUGAUAUAACAAGAUUCACAUCAUUAUGAUAAUGAAUACAGCUCCUUUUUUAAACACUGUAUCUCCACACCAACAUGGUUUUUAUAUAAAUGAUUCACAUAGUGAUCCCAUGGUGGGGGGCUCCAAUGUUUAAUGUGAGGAAAAUUAUUUACUCUUCUCUUUAUCAUGUUUGAACAAGUAGCACAAACUUUUUAAAACUACAUAUUGUAAGAAAAUCUCAUAGCUAAUGUAAUGCUUAAAAUUUAUUAGUAAUAGGAUCUUCAUUGAUAUACUGUACAGUAUGGUUUACUGCCAAAACUAGCCAAGUGAAAGAUGACAAAUGCAGGUGGUGUAUUCAGUGCAUUAGUCAACAGUUGAUAUAUUGAGUUAGGUUAGGUUAAAGUAAAAUCCAAACGCAAAAUUUCUCUUUCUGGUUAUUUUGAAAACAACCACAAUGCGUUGUGGUCGCUUUUCGGUUUAUGAGCCCAACAUAUAUACAUAUACAGUAUAUAGAUACAGUUUAUAUACAGUGGGGUAUGCUAUAACGAACGUAAUUGGUUCCAGAACCUCGUUCGUUAUAGCAUUCGUUCGUUAUAGGAUUAAUCCGU